AUGGGGAGGACUAUUGAUGAUUUCGACUUGCCAAAAUUGCCACCUGUUGAAGAGGACUUUAUUGAUUAUAAUGAUGAACUUCAUAAUAGAGAAAUAUUUGAAGAGCGACAUGUUAUUACUCCUGUUGAAGAUAUAGAUAUGGUACUCACUCUUAAUAUAGAUCAGAGGAACGCAUACCAAGAAAUUAUAAAUCGUGUCGAUAAGAAACAGAGUGGCAUGUUUUUUAUAGAUGGGCCUGGAGGGACAGGUAAAACAUAUUUGUAUCGUGCAUUGCUUGCAACUUUAAGAAAUAAUGGACACUUAGCGAUUGCAACAGCAACAUCGGGAGUGGCUGCUUCAAUAUUGCCGGGAGGUCGAACAGCCCAUUCAAGGUUCAAGAUACCUAUAAAUUCAACAGAGACCAGUUUGUGUUCAAUUAAAAAACAAAGUGGACUUGCUCAGUUACUUAAAAAAGCAAGUAUUUUAAUUUGGGAUGAGGCUCCUAUGGUUAAACGAACAGCUAUUGAAUCUUUGGAUAGGACUUUGAAAGAUAUUAUGAAUAAUUCUAUUUAUUUUGGUGGUAAAGUGAUUGUAUUUGGAGGUGAUUUCCGUCAAGUACUGCCAGUGGUUAGACGUGCAUCAAGAUUAGAGACUAUUAACUAUAGCAUGGUUAAGUCAUACUUAUGGUCAGAUAUGGAAGUUUUCAGUUUAAGAGAGAAUAUGCGAGCUAGGACAGAUCAAUUAUUUUGUGAUUUCAUUCUUAGAAUUGGAAAUGGAGAUGAAGAGGAAAAUGAAGAUGGCCUCGUGCAUAUUCCAGAUGAGAUGAUAAUAGAUUAUUUUGAUGAUCAGACUUCAGAAGAUUUGUUAAUAAAUGUUAUAUUUCCAUCUCUACAAGAUAAGUCAACAUGUUCAGAUUACAUUAUGGAAAGAUCUAUUCUAGCUACAAAAAAUGAGUAUGUUGAUAGGCUUAAUCAGAAGCUUAUUAAAAUUUUUCCAGGUGAUGAUGUAACUUACUUCAGUUUUGAUAGUGUUACUGAUGAUAGCAGUAAUCUUUAUCAAGUUGAAUUUCUUAACUCAUUGACACCUAAUGGACUUCCUCCACACCGUCUUACUCUGAAGAAGAAUUGUCCAAUAAUGUUAUUAAGAAAUUUAGACCCUUCAAAUGGUUCGUGUAAUAGAACACGGAUGAUAUGUAAAUCAUUUAAAAAUAAUGUUGUUGUUGCAAGAAUUUCAAUGGGGCAAUUCUCAGGCAAAAUUGUUAUGAUACCUCGGAUUCCAUUGUGCGUAAGUGAUGAUGAAGCUCUUCCAUUCAAAUUUCAGAGAAAACAAUUCCCAAUACGUUUGUGUUUUGCAAUGACUAUUAAUAAGUCACAAGGUCAGACAAUUCCGAAUGUUGGUAUUUAUCUUCCUCAUAAUGUUUUCUCUCAUGGACAAUUAUAUGUAGCUUUAUCAAGAGAUAAGGAUUAA